AUGAUGGCUGGAAAAGAGAGAGUUUGUCAGAUGCACCAGCAACCACUGAAGCUCUUCUGCAAGGAAGACGAAGCCCUCAUCUGUCUGGACUGUGACCGAUCCAAGGAGCACAGAGAUCACGAGACCCUUCCUCUUGAGACAGCUUCCCAAGAGUACAAGGAUCAGUUCUGCAACCAUCUAAAGAUUCUGAAGGAGGAAAGAGAAAGAAUUGUGGGGUGUAAAGCAGACCUAAUGGAGGAAAGCCAAGAUCUGCUCGUAGGCGCCAGGGCUGAAGAAGCCCUGGCCCUGGUUGAGACCAAUCUGACACUAGCAGGACUGGGGACCACCAGAAGCUCCACCCCUGACCCUGGGGCAGGCAUGGCUGGUUUUAACAAGGCCACGCCCUAUCACGUGGCUGCCCGUGCCUCAUCUGCAUGCGUCAUCGUCAGUAUACCAAGGAACUGGGCGAAGGCAGGGACGGAGAGGACGCUGGGAAGCAAUCCUGUCAAUGGCCUUGGAAAAUCUAAUAUUCCAGUCAUUGACCAUGUCAUCCAGGGAGCUUAUAGCCUUUGGAUCCCACAGAGCAUUCUGGAAACCCACUGGAUCCAUGAGACUCCGCAGGCGAGCAAAAAUGUGAAUGCUGAUGUGACUCUGGAUCCAGACACGGCCCAUCCCCGACUCAUCCUGUCUGCGGAUGGGAAAAGUGUGAGACAAGGAGAAGAAGCUCAAGCUGUGCCCAACAAUCCUGAGAGAUUCAACAGUUAUUAUGCCGUGUUGGGUCGUGAGGGGUUCACAGGAGGCCGCCAUUUCUGGGAAGUCCUUGUGGGAAGUGAGGGAGGAUGGUGGGUGGGGGUGGCCAGGAAGUCUGUGAAGAGGAAGGGUUGGUUAAACUUUAGUCCUGAGGAAGGGAUCUGGGCUUUGGAGAAGUAUGAGGGAAAUUACCUUGCUGCCAAAGAAGGCUUUAACCUUCCACUGACCCUAAGCGGGGAGCCCAAGAGGAUCCGAGUCUGUCUGAACUACGAUGGGGGACAAGUGGCCUUUUUUGACGCUGACCGAGCAGCCCUCAUGUACAAGUACUCUGGAGCCUCCUUCUCUGGAGAGACCCUCCUGCCCUACUUUUAUGUGUAUAAAAAAGGCCACCUCAGACUCUGUUAA